GGAACUUAACGGACGUCACCAUGACGACUGGACGCGGACAGCUUAGAAAUGAUCGCAGUUAUUUUUUGACAUACGGAGAUACGGAUGGCUACAAAAACAGAGAAAGGGUCAAGACCGGUGAAACAAAUGGCAGCACCAAAAGCAGUUUCAUCCAGAGUACGGGCAGUGAGGACGUCCACAAGAGCUGACAAAUCAUCCCCAGCGUCCACUCAGAACUUUAUGGAGAGACUGCCAUCUGAGGUCCUGAUUAAGAUUCUGUCAUACCUGGAUGCCUCCGCUCUUUUCAGCGUCAGCCACGUCAAUAAGCUCUUCCAUCAGCUUGCCAAUGACAAUGUUCUGUGGAACAAGCUAUACAUAGCAGAGUUUGGCAAGAAUAAAAAACGGAAACCUAAGUGCAUGCAGGAGCUGCUGCUGAAGAUGGCCACAGUGGAGCUGCAGGACCGGGCUCCGGGCUACUGGAAGAGGUUGUACUUCAGGACUGGCGCCACAUGUGACAGGAACAAGUGGAAAAGACAUCUCAGACUCAUCAGCUGUCACACCGGGCUGCCCAGCCAAACAGAGCGGGCCCUCAGAAAUUUGCGCGUCACCUGGGAGCUGACGGUCUCUGAUAAGUCAGGGCACGAGGUCACAUAUGAGCCGAGCUGGUCCCAGUUCUGUGAGACUUCUGUGACCCUGUGCUGGAGCGGGGGAGGCUGCUUGCCCAACUACCAGCAGAUUUCCGCCCUUCAACUCCAUGGCGUCAGGAGGAUAGAACUCAGCUGCCCCAGUCUAAAGAAACCUGGCUGGAGGUCCCUCAUGGCGAAGUUAGACAUGCAGACUCAGGCUAAAAACAUGCAGGUCAUUGGCCAGGACAGACUGGUUGAACUGAAGCUGCUGCAGCCUGGCAUCAUCAUCGGAGUCUGGAGGGACCAGUGCUCCGUCGCCUUUGUCAUGUUCAUCCUCCACUUCCACAGGCUGGUGGAAAGAAGCAUCCAGGGAUCUUCUACCUGCCCCUACAUGGAGCCAACAGUCAAACCCCCUCUUGAUGACAUAGACCCUGAAUACGGUCUCCAUGGUUACCAACUACACAUUGUUCUCCACGACAGUGUAUGCGAGAUCAUGUCCAGAAACUUCUCCCAACUCUUCUGCAGGAGAACUCAGAUCUGUGACGGCCUCAUCCAGCUAACUGCCAUUAGCAGGGCAGACUUGUCGCAGCACACACCUCUGUCAGGCAACAUCACCCUGCCCUGGAGGUGUGAGGCCCUACAGGGCGCAGUAGAGAAUUGCUGCGUCAUGAGUCUGACUCUUCUGGAUGAAUUCAAGAGACCCUUCUGGUGUGCCAGCUCUCCUGUUUUCAUGACGCUGGAGAAGACGCCCGUGUCCUAUGACUACGAUGGGGAGCACUUCCUGAUCCACUAUCAGGAUUCAGAUGGUCAGGUGAAGUUGAAACUUGUGUUGAUGAAAGAACAAAAGCAGUUCGUCCUCAUAAGCUUAGUCGUCUAUGUGACUGUUUGCAAAGUCAAUGAGCAUUUCACUAGAGAUUACUGAAGGUGCAGUAUUUCUGGGACACGUUUUGAGAUAUAUAAUCAUUACAGUUCAAUACUAUGAUUAUGCUUUUUAAUAUUUUGAGUUAACGUGUCAUAUACAGUAUACAUGUUAUCAUCUGUUAAUGUUGUAUUAUAUUAGAAUAUCUGUAACACCUUGUUUAUAGGGAGAAUAGAGUGCCACCAAAAUAAUUUGAAGCUUUUAGUGGGUAAUAAUAAUAUUAAACUUAAUGAAACUUUUAAACAGCAAUAUAUUAAGAGUUGUUUUGAUUAAUGCAGAAAAUGUUGAGCUGAAAAAAACUAUUUGCCAGAGUAAUGACACUUUUUUCAUUACUUUGUCUUAAAUGGGUUUAUGAAAUACUUUAUUACUUUUUAUUUCAAUUUACAAAUGUGUCCUCCUGUUAUUUUGUCCCAUGAUUCAUUUGUCUCUUGUGUUUCACAGUUUAGGUUUACCGACACUCUGUCUUUAUUUAGCAAAAUCAUUUGGCAUCUGUUUUAUGAACUAGUUAAUGUAAUCAAUUUUGUAUAAAGAGAGAAGGAUGGGAUAGAAAUGUUAAUAGGAACAUUUAAUUGCCAUUUUACAAUAUAAUUACUAAAAUCUAAAUGAAUAAUGUAUUGAUAGUUUGGCAUCAUUAAUGUAUUGAUUAUAAUAUUAUUGUAAUUAAACAGUCUAUACUUAUUCUGGUGGCACACUCCAUAUGUUUGCUAUUCUUAAUAAAUCUGUACAAAAGAAGAGAGAAUAUUCUGUAAGAAAAUACAAACUUCAGACUGUUGGUGAAAGGUUUGAUCUUAAUUAUUAAAACAAAUGUUAAAUGUU